AUGUCACAACCCAAUACCAACGCCCAAGCUUCUUCAUCGAAACAUCAUAAAUCCAAGAAAGAUAAAUCCCACAAGAAAGACAAAUCACAUAAACAUGCUAGCAGCAAUCAUCAGAGCACGUCGAAAAAUGAUAAAUCACCUUUCGAACAUCGAUUAUCACGUAUGAGGUUGGCAAUCCCACCGAAAUUCUCAUUGAACAUGAUGGAGGGAGUGAAAGAGAAGUUGGAUGGGAUGAUUAUGAGAUACGUAGCUCAGAUGGGUGGUGUACUGUUAGCUCACUGGGAUCAUGAAUUCGUCGAUGAUACUUCCAAAAUCAUCAAUGAGUGUCCAUCGGGUGUCAUAGAAGUUGAAUUUCAUUCGAUCUUGUGGGCACCCAAGAUUGGUCAGAAACUAUACGGCACACACUCCCUCUCAUCACCUUCUCAUCUCUCUCUACUAUUCAACAAGACAUUCAACGUUUCCAUCCCAUUACAACAUAUCCCCACUGAUCUCUACGAAUUCGAACAUACCGAUGAGACUGCCGAUGCCGACUCGGAUAGCGAGGACGAAGAGGAAGAAGGUUUCAUCCUCGGUAUGGGUAACGGAGUGGUAGAGGAUGUAGGUAGAUGGAAAGUUAAAGAAACUGGUAAAUCUUUGGGUGAAGGUGGUAAAGGUAUUAAAUUUACUGUGAUUGGGAUGCAAGUUACCAAUCAAAUGCUUUCACUUACUGGAUCACUCUUAUCCGACCCUUCAAACCCCCCUCCAGCUCCUGAACCUACCCUCAACCUACCAACGAGAGUAUCUACCUCGCCUUCCUUAUCGCCCGAACCAACUCAUAGACCAGCUAAACAAGCUCGUUUGGGUCCAACCAACAAGGCCCGUCAACCUCCAGUUCAGGAAGAAGAGGAAGUACCAGAUCAAACGGGUUGGACACCAAGGGAGAUCAAAGCGUAUAGAAAACAGAUGGAGAAAAAGAAGAAAGACGCUAGGAAAGCUAGAAAAGAGGAAGGACAGGUGUUGGAACAUGUACAGAUGGAAGCUGCUGGUGAUCUCGUACAUACCCAAGGAGAAGGAGAGCUCGAAGAGAAUGUGGAUGUGGGAAGUAAGAGGAAAGCUGGACAAGGUGAUUCGGAGAACAAGAAGAGGAAGAAGUGA